AGAUGCGUUCGAGUACCUAAAGAACACAAUAACAAAAAUAAGUAGCAAGAAAAACUAAUAUUCAUCAAAGUGAUGGGGUUCUCAUCAUCUGUUGGGUUCUUUCUCGCUCUAACGAUCGCUUUGUCGAUGAUUUUAGAGAUUCAAACAGCCGCUGCACAAUGUCGAGGCACAGAUACAGAAAGAUCAUUUAGCAUAACUCGCGGCCCGUUUAAUUGCCAACGUUGUCGAGAUGGCUGUAAAGCCAGAUGUGAUGCUAUGAGAGCUAUACGGGGUAGUGGGAAUUGCCGACGUAGAUUUGUAAUACAAACUGAUGUAACUAUUGGAUUGAAGUGCGGAUGUUGUUGUCGUCGAGUAAGAACUCCACCCCGACCUAGACCUCCACCCCCACCUCUAGCUCUAUUCGGGCCUCCACCACCACUUCCGGACCUAUUCGGACCUCCACCACCACUUCUAGACCUAUUCGGGCCUCCAUCACCACUUCCAGACCUAUUCACCCCUCCGCUUCCAACUUGUAGCCUCAUUCCGUUCGACUUUGAUGGCUGCAUUGCUUGUGCAACUGAGUGUGAAACGAAGUGUUCUUUAUUGGGUACUUCAGUGGCAGCGGAACGGUGCAUACGGCGAGGAUCCUCUAUAAGAGAGUGCGAGUGUUGUUGUGAAGACAACACAUCACCACCCCAACCCCUACCUGCACCCGCACCCGCACCCUUAGCAUUACCUCCUUCAUCAACCCCACCACCACCUCCAAAUACCAAGUGUGCAGCGGGGGAGGAAUAUAUUUCCAUUCAAUUCUCUAACGAUACAUCUUGCACUACUUGUGCAACUGACUGCCUAAGAAGGUGCUCUGCAUCACUGGAUAUUCCAUCGUUGUCCAGCCAGAGCUGCAAAGUUGAUGCUUCCUCGUCCUCGGAGUUUUGCGAAUGUUGUUGUACUGCCGAAGAGACAAACUGAUCUUGUGAAACCAAUUUGCUAGUGGUUAAUUAAUUACUAUAUUAGUAAUUAGUUAUACUACAUGUUUUUUCUUUUUAUAUUAUUUCAAUUAGCUGCGGUUUUAUGGGAAUAUUGAAUACUGAUGAACUAGUAUGUAUGAGUUCGGUAUGAACUUAAUUAUACAUACAUAUUUCAUUAAUAUGAUCAUUGGACCAUCAAAUAUUUUAGCAGCAUCUUGUAUUUGUAUUUGUAUUUGUAUUUGCAAUGUUGUACUGGUGUGCCUCUGUUGGAAUUUGAAUCAAAAUGUUAUCGUGUGAGUUAG